AUGGCGUUACCAACUACGUCGACCAAAAUACCACCGUACUGGACGCCUCCAGACCAAUGUAUUAUGGAGUAUUUGCUGCUGGAUCAGUCGGACGUUGAGGAGCUAGAAAGUAUGAAUUUGAGACGGACUGAGGAACUCAAUAGAAUAAGGACAGUAGACACGAAACAACAGCAAAAGCCUACGAAGCAAAGCGGCGACAAUUUGUUGGAAGAACUUGAUAGUGGCCAGGCUAAACAGAUAGAAGAGGAACGACGAGCUCGGCAUCGAGCCGUGCAGCGUCGCUUUAUCCAGCGCAGGAAGGUCGAGUUGGAACGGACGAAAGAAUUGGCACAGACGUUAGAAAAGCGAUAUUCUUGUCUGAAAAUUGCAGCAGAAGAGAGAGACCUGAAGGCCGAGAAUCGAGAAUUGCAAGCUCGUGUGGAUGCUGCAGUGCCUUCUGUGCCCAGAGUGCCUCAAGUGGACCAUAUCCAGCUAUUGAUGCAGAAUCAGCUGGAGCUGGUGAAAGAGUUUUACGAACCACUCACGCCACAAGAGCUGGAAAGUACCCAACUGAAAGUACAAACGGAAUACGAGCUCUCACGUCGAGAUGGCACGUAUCAGACUUCGGGUGCCUUGGUCAUGGGAUGGAGCGAUUUCCGUAAGGUGGAGGAAUCGUCUGUCAAGUUUGUGCUGUCGAAAAAAUUCCCCAAUGUACAGGCAUUGCAUCUGAUGAACUUCACGUGGGAUACCUUGUCUUUGCCUGCAACCUACGCGACGUUCUUCAGUCCUGCAUUCCCGAUCAAGAUUCAAGUCAUGCAGCAGUUUGGCCGCAACGCAGUCGUUAUUCAUCGUGUGCUAUUUAAUCCACACACUCAGAGCUCGUCCAAUUCGUUAGAACUGCUAUGGCGUGUCCGACUUGGCGAUGAAUACGUCAUUUUUGACUCGGCGCUUCAGCACAAUGCGGUCCAGCAAUGCCUUGGUGCGUCUUACAAAUGGACGCAAAUGACGACGUCUUUAGGUUUUACCCCAUUGGAUGUCAACAAAGUCAAUGGCUGCAUCUUUCGUCAUGGUGGUUGGCUACGUGCUUCAGUCACAAAUGCUGACUAUUGGCUCAUGGAGAUGUUUUUCAUGGCGUUACGCUAUGAAAGCGCCAUGGUAGCGCCAGUUUUUGCGCUUUCAUACGACGAAUGA